AUGAUUUACAAAUUUUCAAUUUUCUUAGCUACUUUGAUAAUAUUGUCACUUUAAAUGCUAACUUAUUAAUACCUUAUUCAAUCAUACAAUAAAUAAAUUCUUGAGUAUAUGACUGCAAUAAAAAUUAUUUAACAUUGGAUUGAAUAAGAAACUGAUACUAGUGGAACAUAUUUUCAACCUUGUUUGUAAAAAUAAUUUAAUUUUAGAAAUUGCGGUUAUGAACUUGCGAUAAAAAAGGAUCCAUUUUAUUGUUUGAAAAGCGAUCUUUAUAAAAUUUUUCACCCAUAAAUUGUUUUAGAAGAUAGUUAUGUUUUUCGAGAUUAUGGAGGAAAUGAUUUAGCUAGAUCUAUUAUUCGAAACUAAAUGUUUGAUGUCAGCCCUAACUUUACUCAGUCAGGUCCAAUUGAAUAAGACUAAUAUAUUAACCUUGAUUUAGUAUUGCUAUUAAUCUUAAAUUAGAGAGCAUCUGUCCUAUACCCUUAUGCAAAAACGUAUUUGAGAACACAUUUCUUAGGAAAAGAAGCAGGAUGCUUAUUUUAAAAAUAUAUGCAUGUACCUGGAUAAGAAGAAAUAGCUUUAAAAUCAUUAUAAUCUUUAAACUUAAGAAGUUAUUUAACUUAGCUACUCUAAGUCAAUGCAUCUAAAGAAUGUGUAAAUGAAGCAACUUUUUAGAAAAAAUCAUAUAGGAUGUGGGAGUAAGAAGAAUGUUAAUAGUUUUUUUCAAUCAUUAAUUCUUUGGAAUAUUAAAAUUAAUUAUAAAAGGAAGGGUUAUAAUUUAUAUAUAAAACUAAUAAACAUUUGGGAAGAGGAGUUUUACUUGUUGAUAAAGAAAAUGAAUAAUUAAUCAGAAAAUAAUACAAUAAUGGAACUUUUUGUGGAAAAAAUAAUUAAAAUGUAAUCAUUCAAGAAUACAUAAAAAAUCCUUAUCUGUUUAAGGUAUAUUAUUUGAAUAUUAAAGGGACAUAAAAUGGAAUUUCGAUCAUAUUUUUAAAUAGCCUCAACAAAUCCUCCAAUCUUAUAUGGAUAUAAAAAAGCUUUAAUUAAGCAAUGUGCAUUAAAAUUUAAUUUAACAGAUUUUUCAAAAGAAGCUCAUGUUUGUAAUACAGCAAUCACUAAAUCUCUUAAAGAAGACAUUAAAUAAUAAAAUAAUGAAUAUUAUAUUGAUUGGAAUUUAGAAGAAUUACAAGAUCUUUUGAUUGAAGAUGGAUUAGUAAUAUCAAAAAAUUGGUUAAAUGAUUACCUUAUGCCUCAAAUUUCUUUAAAAUUAUUUCAUCUUUUUAAUUCUGUUAAACAUAAACUUUUUAUUGAUAGUAGAGUGGGCGAAUUCUUUGGAGUUGAUUUUAUUUUAGAUUAAAACUUAUAGCUUUGGAUCUUUGAAUGCAAUAGAAACCCAAACUUUUUAGUUGUGACAGAAGGAAGAAAGGAAAAAUUUAAUUAAUUAAUUCCUGAUAUGAUAUAUUUACAGUUAUAGUUAGUAAGAAAUAGAUUCAUAAGAAUAUCAAGAUUUUUAAAAUAAAAAUUGAUUCCUACUUUUAGAUAAAACAUAUUUUUAGAAUAAUAGGAAUUACUAAAACAUGAAUUUUUGAUUAAUUAUCAAGAUAGCUUAUAAAAUUAAUCCUAAUUGAAAAUUGAUAAUUAGGCAAUUGAUAUUCUUCCCUUUAUUCAUUCCAGCAACUGCUUUGAAAAAUUAUAGAUGCUAAAUUUAUUAUAUAAUAAAAAUUGA